CUGAGGUCCUAAAAAUUAGUGCGCUUGGGAAAAUCCCUGCGCACGUUUUAUGACGGGUGGCAAAAAGGAUCGUAAAGGGAGUAAAAGUGCGUCUCUCGGAUUCGUGCGGAAAAACAUCGAGGAAAGAUUGUCAGUUAUAUUAGAAACUAGAUUUUAUUCUUUUAUUUUGAAUAUUCGCGCUUCUAGUAUGGCGGACGGUAUAUAUUUAUACGUAUAACAGACCACACUGCAACGCCACCGCGGUACGAGAGCUUCAACUAAAUACCAACGCCGGCCGCGGAAUACAGCUGUACAGGCAUAUCUAAGUAUGUUGCGAUAACGAGGCCGAUAUGAUAUGCCGUCAAUUUGCCAUUCGGUGGAACUAUAAGCACACGCUCGCUUACAAGAUAUACAGAUUACCGAAAUUCGUAAAUAUCGAUUUACAAAGGCCGUGCAAAUGCAUUCGUUUAGACGUCUACUCCGCCGAAGCAUUGUUUGCAUCGAUGCGAAAAGACACGAGAGUAUCCGCUCUUAGAAGUUCCUAAGAUUCGGAGCUGGAUUGUUUUAACGCAUUUACUGGAAACGCCGAAAUGACGGACAAGGGGCUAAUGAAACAAAUUGCUGAGCAAAAGCUCAAAGCAUUUUCCAUUGGUACAAUGGGAAAAAGACCAAUGAGUAAAAAAGAAAUUGAAGAGCAAAGAAAGAAGGAGGAGGAGCAAGCAGCGGCUCAAGCCUUUGAAGAAUUCGUUGCAACUUUUCAAGAAAGUUCUAAUAAAAGCACCAACAAAGUGUGGGUUAAGGCUGGUACUUACGAUGCCGGAAAAAGACAAGAAGAUACAAGGGAGAAAGGAAAGCUCUACAAGCCACAGUCCAAAAUCUCAGACCUUGUUGAAAGUCGUUCUUCUCAAGAACAGGCACAGGAGUUUGCAAAAAUUCUCAGUUCAAAUGAACGCAAACUUGACAGACUCGGUAAGAAGAAGAAGGAAGGAGAAAAGAAAAAAAGUAAUCUUGAAUUAUUCAAAGAAGAAUUGAAAAUGAUACAAGAAGAGAGAGAGGAGCGACACAAAAACAAAGGAGUUGUUAAAACUGUAGUGGCUUCAUCGCAAAGUGAUGAUCCCAUGAUGGCUGCGUUAAAAUCAGUAGAAGAUGGAUCAUUUGAUAACGGAGAUCCAAAUACCACAAAUUUAUACCUGGGAAACUUGAAUCCUAAGAUAACUGAACAACAGCUGAAGAAAAUUUUUGGAAAAUUUGGCCCAUUGGCUAGUAUAAAAAUCAUGUGGCCUAGAAGUGACGAAGAAAAAGCCAGGCAAAGAAAUUGUGGUUUUGUAGCCUUCAUGAGCAGAAAAGAUGGUGAAAGAGCUCUCAAGAGUCUCAAUGGUCGAGAUAUUAUGCAGUAUGAAAUGAAGUUAGGAUGGGGAAAGAGUGUUCCUAUACCUCCGUAUCCAAUAUAUGUUCCACCUGCAUUAAUGGAAAUGACACAACCACCGCCUCCUUCUGGAUUGCCUUUCAACGCACAACCGCAUAGGCGUGAUAAACAUAAGAUACCUCGUAUCCGCAACCUCCAGAACGCGGACGUCCAGGAGAAGGAAAACUUCGAAAAGGUUUUGCAGAAUGCUGUUGUCAAAGUGGUUAUCCCUACAGAAAGGAACUUGGUCAUGUUGAUACAUAGAAUGGUAGAGUUUGUUGUACGAGAAGGGCCAAUGUUUGAAGCCAUGAUAAUGAAUAGAGAAAUUAACAAUCCAAUGUUUAGGUUCUUAUUUGAAAACUAUUCUCCUGCUCAUACUUACUAUCGUUGGAAAUUAUACUCAAUUUUGCAAGGAGAUGCACAAAAGGAGUGGCGAAUGGAAGAUUUUAGAAUGUUCAAAGGUGGAAGUAUAUGGCGACCACCGCCAAUGAAUCCCUGGACUCAGGGUAUGCCUGAAGAGUUAAUAGAAGUAGAAGAGAAACAAGAGCCACGCAGAGGUUGUCUUUCUAAUAGUCAAAGGGAUCGAUUGGAAGAUCUGCUAAGAAAUAUAACUCCAGAACGAAUAAAAGUUGCAGAAGCCAUGGUCUUUUGUAUUGAACAUGCUGAAGCAGCAGAAGAAAUCUGUGACUGUAUAGCAGAAUCAUUGUCAAUUUUACAAACUCCAGCAAAUAAAAAAAUUGCUCGGUUAUAUUUAAUAUCAGAUAUUUUAAAUAACUGUGGUGUUAAAGUCACGAAUGCAACUAUAUACAGAAAGGCAUUUGAAGCAAGGUUAUUAGAUGUCUUUAAUGAGGUUCAGCAAGCAUACAAACAGUUUGAUAGCAGAUUAAAGGCUGAAGGAUUUAAAGUACGCGUAAUGAGGAUGUUCAGGGCAUGGGAAGAAUGGGCUGUAUACCCCAGAGAAUUUCUUGUGAAAAUCCAAAAUACCUUCUUAGGUUUAACUCCAUCUGACGAGAUUGAACCAGAUCAGGAAGAAGAUAUUGACGGAGCUCCAUUAUCAGAUGUUGAUGCUGAUACUGCUGAAGAUUUAGAUGGGGUGCCACUUGAUGGGGCUGCUUUAUUAAAAGGAGCUAUGAAACAUGGGCUCACACCUCAGACUAGUUCAAAUUUUGAUGACAUUGAUGGAAUUCCAAUGGAGGAUGACAUUGACGGUGUUCCAAUGGAUGAUGAUGACAGCAUGGAUUCUAAAAGUAAAGAUGAUAAAAAGUUAACUAUGCCCGCCGGUUUUGUACCAUCCAGAUGGGAAACUGUAGAUCCUGAUCAAGUUGAAGCACAAGCUAUGACUACUAGUAAAUGGGAAGAGCUUGAACAAAAUGAGGAUUCCAAUUCCCAAGACACAAGCAUGGACUCAAGGGAUUACAACGAAGAAAGACGAAAUAGAUUGCGUGAAAUCGAAGUCAAAGCAAUGCAAUAUCAAGAUGAAUUAGAAAGCGGAAGAAGGACUCUAAAGCAAGGAAUGACAAUACAAAGUCAAGUCGAGCACUACCGUAAGAAGCUAAUAAAAAAGAGUGAAAAGGAAUUAAAAGAAAACAAAAGUGAAGACGACGAAAGAAGAAGAGAUAAAAAGCGAAGUGUAUCGCCAGACUCACCAAGUUAUUAUAGAGAUAGACGAAGAGGUUCUCAAAGUCCAUCAUCAAAAGGGAGCAGUAGAUAUAGGUCACGCAGCAGAUCACCUCGCAGUAAACGGAGAUCGCGAUCACCACAUAAAAAGCGCACACCUUACACACCAUCACCGCCACGAAUUCGACGUUCACCGUCACCUGCCUUUGCAUCGAGGUCGACAUCACGCAGAUCGCCUGGCACCGAGCGUAAAAGACGACAGCGUUCACCCUCUUCAUCGCCUACGUCCAUACCGAGGUCUUCGUUAAAGCACGUUAGAGCUGCUAGCCCAAUGUCGCCUACUCCCAGAAAACAUCGGCAUAAACACAAAUAUUAAGAGUUCAAGGUUUGUUAUCAAAACAAAUGUACUUCCAAUCUUAUUUUUUGAUUGGUAAAUAGCCAACGGGGCUAAAUUUGUAAUUUUUAUCUAAAAUCAGUAACUCGUUUGAAGCACUUUGUCAAUAUUGCAUUGCCAUGAUUUUUGCCUUUACCGUUUUGUAAAUGCAUGAUCAAUUGCAGGUAAAUUAACGUUUAUAUGAUCAAUUACAUCGAAGUAUUUUCUCUUGAUACUUCGUCAAUAUUUUAUACAACUACUGUUAAUAUCGUUGUUCACUUGAUGCAAAAAAUGUACAUAAAUUUUUCAUUUUUACCUAUCAAUUUAUUUGUGCUUUUAGUGACCGAAUAUUGAAAUGAGUAAAUCAUUAUAUAAUACUUUUGUCUUGUAUCGAAG